AUGGCGUCGGGCGGCAUAGAGACCGGAGUCUAUACACAAGCACCCCCGGCAUUUCCACGACAUGGCCACUCAAACUCGAUAAACGCCUCGUUCUCUCAAGUACCUUCGUCACUAAACACUUACGAUGCUCACUCAGUAGCUUCAACUCCUGCGCCGACCCCACCACCUACUCGACAUGUUGCGGAGCAGCAACAACAACAACACCAGCAGCACCAGUCGCAGUCGCAGCAGCAAUCCAUGGCGUACAAUAUGAACGGUGGCCCACCCAUGGCUAACGGAGGCAUGAUGGCUGCUCCCAGCGGCUUUGUUGGGUAUCAAGAUCCGAAUGCCUAUGCACAGCCGAACUUGCCAAACUUUUACGGAAAUGGGGCAAAACCGCAGAUAUACACUGCCGUCUACUCUAAUGUGUCUGUCUUUGAAAUGGAGGUCAACGGAGUUGCCGUCAUGCGACGCCGGGCCGACUCGUGGUUGAAUGCGACACAGAUAUUGAAGGUCGCUGGGGUAGACAAGGGCAAGAGAACAAAAGUGCUGGAGAAAGAAAUCACCGGAGAACAUGAAAAGGUUCAGGGUGGUUAUGGCAAGUACCAAGGUACCUGGGUCAACUAUCAGCGUGGCCGCGAGUUUGCCAGACAGUACGGGGUAGAGCAUCUUCUACUGCCACUGUUUGAGUACGAUAUCGGCUCUGAUGGAAUGACCGGUAUGAGCCAAGGGAUGGAAACGCCCACCAAAGAACAGGCCAUGGCCGCCCAACGCAAGAGACUGUACGGCGGUGAUGGUCGGCCAGUUGCACAGUCGUCGGGAGGCACGUUCUUCAAGAACAUGUCCAGCACAGCCGCCAAUGCCAUCCACGCCUUGAACAGAACGCGCCUAGAUUCACCCAGUCAGAUGGACGGGCGACGGUCCAUGGGACCACGGCGACAAUCUCAGUCCUUCAACUAUAGCCAGGAUCCCAUGUAUGGACAAGGAGCCAGCCAACAGAGUAUGCACAGCAUGACCUCGCAAGAUAGUUUCGGGACGAACGGUGGGAUCAUGAGCCAGGGAGCAAGCUUUGCGGACUUCGGAAACACCGAUGUUCAGGAACCUCCACGAAAACGCAUUCGACCAUCGCCGCAGUCGUCCUUCCUCGGUGGUCCUUACGAUGCCCCUAUGGAGAUGGCACUUCCCGAUGGCACUUCCACCGAACCGAACGCUUCGUUCUUCUCCCAGGCAAGCCAAUCGAUCGCGCCGCCAGAUACACUCUUUUAUGGACUCGAACCUCUUCCCCACCCUUCAGGACCACUGGAGGAACAGAAGAAGGAACUCUUGCUCGAUCUCUUCAUCGACCCCAGCCGAACCGACUUUGAUGACCACCCAGCAUUCCUUCGCCUCAGCGGAGACGAGUUCGAGCUACCCAUUGACGGCUCCUGCAACACGGCGUUGCACUGGGCCGCCACGCUGGCACGGAUCCCUCUGGUGCGCAAAUUGCUGGAGAAAGGCUUCAACAUGCGACGGGCCAACAGUGGCGGAGAGACGGCAUUGAUCGCGGCCUGUCAAGCACGAAACAACCUCGACCACAACAGCUUCCCGGCUCUUCUGCAGCUUCUCGGGCCCAGUAUCGAGGUCAGAGACCGACGCGGUCGGACGCUGCUGCACCACAUCGCCGUGUCGUCGGCCAUGAAAGGAAGAGCAGCCGUGGGCAAGUACUACCUGGAAUCACUGCUCGAAUAUGUCAUCCAACAGGGGCCCACGCCGUCUCAUGCGGCAUCCAUGUCGUUUGAUGGGGUGAACGGGGUCCACAGCCAGGCACAAAACUAUGCCUUGACUUUGGGAAGUUUCAUGGACAACAUUGUCAAUGCCCAGGACAAGGCCGGUGAUACGGCCCUCAAUCUCGCGGCACGAACCAGCACGACUACCAUUAUCGAUCAACUGAUCGAGGUCGGCGCCGACCCUAACAUCACGAACCGCGGUGGUCUGGCGCCCGUGGAUUUUGGAGUCGGGGUCACCAAUGUCAACGGUCAGGUGGCAGAUCAAAGCAUGCAGAUGUUCGAUUCCAAUGUGACGGCGAACGGGUCGCCUCAAAAAUCAUUUGAAGAGGCCCAGGAAGGACUGCUGACAUCGAUACGUGAAAUCUUAUCGCAAUCCGAGGCCGACUUUGCGGCGGAGAUGAAAGAGAAGAACGAGACUCUCGACAAGACCAACGCAGCUUUGAAGGAAUCUGGAAACUCAUUGGCGGAAGAGCGACGGAAACUCGAAGAUGCGCGCGACAAAGUCCGAACCAAAGAAGAACUGGAACAGAAGAUUAAGAAUCUUCGUCAAACCGUGGCCCAAUACCGUACCGAACUCAGCGCGACUAAUCCGUCGACGACGGUUCGGGAUAACGUGAUGGUGGGAGAAGCCGACAAAGGAAUUGACCUCGACGGACAACUAUCCCUGGUGGGAGAGCUGUUCCCUGACGGCGAGAUCGACCCGGGCAACAUGGCGUUGUUGACACAGGAGCAACUGAAUUUCCUGGGCAGUCUCGAACGAGCCGAAGUGCUGUCCGGGCGAGCGCAAGUCUACCAACGACACAAUGGCCAGCUGGAGCAGAUGGCCAAGACGCUCAAGGGGCGGAGCGCGGAACUGGAGGAGCGGUACAAGAAGAUUGUGAGCCUGUGUACUGGGGCGGACGAAGAGAAGGUGGAUGGGUUGAUGGACAACCUGGUGCAAGCGGUGAUCAGUGAGCAGAAGGAGAUGAAUGACAACACACAGCUAGUGCGAGUGCGCGAGUUCCUACGAAUGGUGCAGGGGACUGGCAAUUGA